CAGAUUUCAUACUACCUGAAGUUUGUCAAUUCAAAACUGAGUUGGACAUGUAUCUUGGUCAUCCUUGUGAAGGUAGUGGAUCUGGAGGAACCCAAUCCGAGUUUGAUGUAUUGAAGUGGUGGAUGGCAAAUCAUUCAAGGUAUCCUAUCCUAUCUGAGAUGGCCAAGGAUAUCUUUGCUAUUCCUAUGUCUACAGUGCCUUCAGAAUCUGCAUUUAGCACUGGUGGAAGAAUUCUAGAUGACUUUAGAAGUUCAUUACAUCCUAAGAUUGUUGAAGCACUAAUCUGUAGUGAGGAUUGGCUUAGAUCAAGUUCCCUUCUGCCGUUGGAUGAUGACAAUGAUGGUGAUUAUGAGGAUGAAGAAGCAUUUGUUAAUGUUUACAAUGUCGUUAUGGAGGAGCAGGUGGGUGAGAGAGGAAGAGUUCAAGAUUCUACUGUUAACAAAGAUAUUAGAGGAAGUGAUGAUAUUUCCUCAACAUUAAAGGGUGGGACUAGGACAUACGAAGGACAAGGAGAUGGUGGCAUUUGAAGUUGCACUUUGUAGUUUAUAGGAGUUAUUAGUUAUUAAAUUUUGGACUUUGUUUAUUGUUAUAUCAUGGAUUUUAGAACAUGUUAUGUUGCCUUGUAGUGGUUGUUUGAUGACUUGUAGACGGU